CUGCCAUCUCUCUUGUAAAUAUUUUAGUUUGGUAGCGUCAGUUAGGUAGCUGCGGUAGCUGAUGAUGUGGCGUGGUAUUUGAUGGCAACUGCACGAGCAAUAAUCACAGAAGUACGUCGCAUAACUAAAUUUCUAAAUCAAAAUUGCUUUCCGAGAACAACUGCCAUCGACUUGCCCUAUCCCGCCAUUUCUCUGUUAUAUGAGCGUUUCUUGGCCCUGCAUGUCAAGGAAAAUUUUGUGUUACGAACCUGUGACUGUGAACUCUAAUGUGCUUUUUUCGGUGUGAGACUACGCAUAUUUUGGAAAGUUUUUGAAGGUUGUGUUUUUCAAAUUUUGAAAAGGCACUGUUGAAGUUAUUUUGAUAUUAUCACAGCAGAUGACACUCGACGCGACGUCAUUUUUAUUUGAUUUGUAAACUGUUGAUGUCUAAUCAAUCUGAAAGCAACCAGGAAAACAAGGAAUGCACUAUCAGCUCUACCAGGACUACCAGGAGUAACCUAACAAAUAAUGGAAACUGAAACGCUUAGUAAAUAUGAACAAGAAUGCCCCGAUAAAGAGGAUAUUUCUCAUGAUGGAUUCGGUUCAGCAACUGAAAAGCGUGUUUCAGAGGCCGAAGAGAAAUUAGAAAAUAAAGGUACUGAAACAUGUGAUCCAUCCAGUCUAUUGGAAAAUGAUAGUGAUGAAGAUGUGGAAGAAGAAGAGAAACUUAUGCUGAGUCCAACUCAUAGUGAAAAGGAUUAUGACACUGAUGAAGACCAAGAAGUUUUGAGUGCUGAAGAAAAUGGUAGAGAUGAUGAUUCUGAUGAAGAAGACGAAGUCAAGAAGACUGAAGUAGGUGAAAAAGCACAAGAACGAAACAUUGUUGAGGAACAUGUGGAGGAUAAAGAAGUUAGUGAAGCAGAACACCAAACUGAAGAAGAUGAAGUGCAUAAGGAUUCUGAAACUGAGCUUGAAAAAAUUCCUGAAGAAAAAGGAGAAGUUCUUGAAAGAAAAGAAAAAGAUCUAGUAGGAGAAAUAGUUCUUGAAGAUGAAAUAGUUCCUGAAAAGAUCAUAACAGAUCCUGAUGAAAAAGAAGCAGAUGCUAACCUUAAUACAGAUAUUGUUGAGGUGGACAUGAAUCUCCAAAGAGACAAUGCAAAUAUAGUGACUGCUGAGCUUGCUGCAGAAGAAAAUGUGAAUACCACUGCAGUUGAAAAAGAAAAUGAGACUCUUGAUUUGAAUAAAGAUACUGAAGAGUGUGGAAAAGAAGAUGAUAAACAGGAAAAUGAUGCUGAACAAGAAACAGCAGAGGAAGAAGUAAAGGAUAAAACUUCAGAUAAAGUUGAAAAGCUGGAUACCAGCAAUGCUGAAGAUGGCAAAGAGGAAAAAGAAGAAAUAAGUAAGUUAGAAUCUAAAGACCUUACCUCUGUUGAAAAUUCUGGUGAAGAAAGUGAAAAUGCUGCUGACAAAACUGAGACUUCUGGCAAAGAAACUGAAAUUUCUGGUGAAAAAACUGAAGAUACUGGUGAGCAAACUGAAAAUUCCACAGAAAAAACUGAUAGUUCUACAGGUGAAACUGAGAAUGCUGCUAAAGAAACAGAGAAUUCUGGAGAAAAUAAUGACAAUUGUCCAUUGUUGAAAGAAACAUUGACAAAACCAAAAGAUGAUAAUGAGAAGCCUGCAGCAGAAGUAGAUAUGGAUGUAGAAAUGGAUGAAAUGGAAGAUUUUGACCCUUCACUUCUUUGUCCAGACAUGUCAAUGGAAGUAGAAGAAAAUCCUGUCAUAACAGACAAUGAUGCACUUCCCCCAGACAAUGAGGGUUCCAAGAGUCUUUUAAGUCUGUGUGAACCAAUUUUCUCAACAUUUGUGGAUGAAAUCACUGGAGCAGAAGUUAGUUUUGGUUUGUCAUUGGAAGAGAUUUCCCUAAGAGAACAGACAUAUGGACAGAAAAACCCGGUGCAAUUCACGAAAAUCCACUGCACCGCUUGCAACGUCCAUCUGGGCAGCGCACUGGACAGCCAGGGCAACCGUUUCGUCCAUCCGCUGCUCAAGGUGCUCAUCUGCAAAAAGUGCUACCACUUUUACACUAGCGGCGAAUUCGAAAAGGACGAGGACGGCAGCGAACUGUAUUGCCGGUGGUGCGGCCAGGGCGGGAAGGUCAUGUGCUGUUCCACCUGCGAGAAGGUGUUCUGCAGGAAAUGCAUCCGAAUCAAUUUUGAUAGAAAGAAAAUGAUGUCGAUCCGAGAUAGUGAUGAAUGGAAAUGCUUUGCAUGUAAUCCUUCCCAGCUUAUCCAUCUUAGAAUUCACUGUUCAGCCUUCAUGGAUUACGUCCAAAGAGAAAUGAGUCGGGUAUCGUCUGCGGAAGAUCCGAACGCCUUUUUGCAUACUGACUAUUCCCGAUGCUGUUUGCCUGUCAAGAAGAAAGCCGUGGAUACGCCGACAGGAGAACCGAAGCGGAAAAGGAGGAAAAAUGUGGAACUGGAAGAUCCGGAUUAUGAUCCGUUGAAGGAGGAAGAGCAAGUGGCUUCACCUCUACCUCCGGCCUCUUCUGCUGGUGCGAAUGCUGCUACACCAGCCAAUGCCACUCCUGGACCGAGUCGACUAAGUGCGCUCAGUCCCAAAUCGGAUGAGCCCAAUAAAGUUGUCACCGCACAGACCCCAACGAGCACUAUAGCGAGGGUGGGUAGCGUGAAUAUCAGACCCAUGGGGAGUUUACAGAGGCCUAAAGUUCAAGUUAUGGGUCCGGCUGGCCCGUCGACCUCAGCCGGCGCUGGCUACUCGCGCCUCCCCCCGACUCCAGGCCCGCGAGGCCGCCCGUCCGCCCCGCUCGCCCCGCGCCUCCACACCACCCGAGGCCCCGCCCCUCGAGGCCCCGCCCCCCGCGGCUCGGUGGCCGGCGCGCAUCCGCGCCCGCCCGUGCUGAGGCCGCUGCGCCCCGCCCCGCCGCCCGCCAUGAAGCACGAGUGGUUCGAGAAGACGGUUCGGGCGGCUGCGAGGGUCAACUCGAAUCUGUCCUAUACGCUGACGCAGCUGAACAGGGCGCAGGCGAACGCGACCAGUGUGGAGGGGUUGGCUGUGGUGCACAACAAGUUGCAGGAGAUAUUGAGCACAAGUAUCAACUCGUUGAUACAGAUCAGGAAGAAUUUGCGAUCGGAGUUCAUAGUUGGCAUCAAAAACAUCCGCUUCCCCUCGAAAAACCCUCCCCCAGCGACCUCGUCCGCCCCUGCCAAAUCCACCCCGACCACCACCAUCGUCGACGACGACGUCAUCAUCGUCAGCCCCUCCUCCUCCCCACCACCCCCACCUGCCCCGCCCGCUGCCCCCGCCACACCCUCCGGCACCGUCAACUCGGCCAUCGACCUGCCCCCUUCGGUGUCCUUCUUCAAACGCUCCCCCAACAACAAACCGUCGCCGCUGAACCACGCCCCCGUGGCGGGGUCUAGCGGGGCGGGGCCUAGCGGGGCGGGGUCUAGUGGGGCGGGGCCUAGUGGAGUGGGGACGGCCACGCCCACUGGUCGGCCGUUCCUGCGGGUCAAGUCGUUCUCUGCCCUUCAGAGCGUGUCUUCGGAGUGCAUCACGAUACCCGACGAUCCGCCCCCGGAGGCCUCCAAGGGGGAGGAUGUGCUGUUGGUGGUGGGGGAUAGUCCUGUGAGGGACGAUGAUAAGGAGAAGGGGGCGACUCCGGAGGGGAAGAAAGACGACGCGGUAGUGGUGAAAGAUGAGAAUAGGGUGGCCGAGGAAAGGGAGACGGUGGUGGAAGUUGUGGAGGAUUCGAAGGAGACUGGGGGGGAGAAGGAGGGUCACGCGAAUGGUUUGACGAACGGGGAUGAUGGGGGAAAGGAGGAAGUGGAGCUUCGGGGUCUGGAGAAUUUGGAUCCGUUGGAGAAGAAGAAGAUUCUCAAUACGAAGAUCGUCAUCGAGAAGUCGGAGGAGAUUGACGAGUUGGCGAAGAGUAAGUUUGGGUUGCAGAACGGAGAGGUUUUGGAGUUGUGAGGGUUUGUUGAUGUCGGACUUUGGUGAAGUGCUGCGGGCAUUUUGUGCUCGCUUUUUCGAAUUGGCCCUGGUGGCUGCUGAGUUUUUGUCCAAAUGUUAACUUUAGCUGAGAAGCUACAUCAAAUCUAUGGAUUUUUCGGCACACAAUGUUUUUAUAUUAUUGAGUUACUGCAACCUGAUUUUUAUCAAGAUUUGGGAUAAUAUUUCUUUCGUUUUUAAUAUUUCUUCUGUUCAGUUUUGAAAAGUACUGUAAAUAUUUUUGUUAUGUAAUGGAUUAAAAAAUAUCAAUAUCAUUUUGUAAAUAGCAGAACUGUGUUUAAUUUCAAAAAUCCAUCCCUAUUCGAAUGCCAAAGGAUUUAUUUUG